AUGGGAUUAGCAGGCCAGAGAGAAAAACAACGUAUUAGUCAAGAUCCAAAUAACUUAUUUUGGAGUAAGGACGAAUCGAAAUUCGGCUUUAGAAUGCUUCAAAAAAUGGGCUGGGCACCAGGAAAAGGCUUAGGUGUCAAUGAAGAUGGUAAAACGGAACACAUCAAGAUCAGACUUAAGGAUAAUAAUCUAGGUGUGGGUGCAACAAAGAAGAACAUCGACAACUGGCUUGGAAAUACAGAUGCAUUUUCUAGAUUACUAGCUGAUCUCAAUUCUCAAACACCUUCUGAAGCAAGCAGCGUUAAUGAGGACGAUGAUAAGUCAGUGACAGAUCAAACAGCUGAUCUAGAUGAUGAAGACAAAAAGAAGAAAAAGAAGAGCAAAAGCAAAGAUAAAAAGGAUAAAAAGGACAAGAAGGAUAAAAGCGAUAAGAAGGAUAAAAAAAGUAAAAAGAGAGAUAGAGACGAAGAGGAGGAUGAUAGAAAGACUAAAAAGAGCAAGAAAGACAAGAAAGAAAAGAAAAAAAAUAAAGAAAAGAGUAAAAAAAAUAAAAAAGACAAGGAAGAGACUUCAGCUCCUGUUGUUUUACGUAAUGCUGCUCGUGCCAAAUUUUUACGUGCAAAGAAAAUGGCAUCAACUGCAGGAGAUAAAGAACGUUUAAAUGAAAUUUUGGGUAUUAAAGCACCAAAGGGAUAUCAAACUAUUGAAACUUCAUCAGCUACAUUUAUGGCCUCUUUUUCUGUGUAA